UCUACCCAUCUCCGGCCCUAACCAACCUAGUGGGCAGGAAAAUGGGCCAGGGGUUUCAGGCCCAUAAAGACUAUGAAGUCCGCCAAUCAGGGAGUCGAGAAUUGAGACCUAGCGGCAGAGCUUGGAGCUGCUCUCUUUUCAGAAGCGCGUCUACUCCCGCUCGUUCACUGUCCGAAGCCCUAGCCUCGCUUUCCCCUUCUUCACUCUCUCACACACACAGACUCUCCAAGAUGAAGCUUGUCAGGUUUCUGAUGAAGCUUAACAACGAGACCGUCUCGAUCGAGCUCAAGAACGGCACCGUCGUCCAUGGUACGAUUACAGGUGUGGAUAUCAGCAUGAACACACAUUUGAAGACUGUGAAGCUUACUUUGAAAGGGAAAAAUCCAGUUACUCUUGAUCACCUUAGUGUCAGAGGUAACAACAUUCGAUACUAUAUCCUCCCUGAUAGCUUAAACCUUGAGACUCUCCUGGUUGAGGAGACACCUAGGGUCAAGCCCAAGAAGCCGACUGCUGGGAGACCGUUGGGACGUGGUCGUGGGCGUGGACGUGGUCGGGGUCGUGGCCGAGGCCGUUAGUCAUCCUCUUAAUAUUUUGUGGUGUUUGUUUAUGUAUUAAAGCCUGCUCCCCUGGAGAAUUUUUCAAGGGCGUUUGUUUUACUAGUUAGAAACAGGACUGCUAGGUUACCACAGAUAGCUCUAAUGAAAAUGUGUUUUAGUUGUUGGGACUUUAAUGAUUAUUGAAAUUGGAUGAUGAAAUCAGAACUGUGAUGCAAUCAUUUCGCUGACAUGGUGCUUCGGGUUGUUGAGCUUUAGUUGUUGGUGCUAUGGCUAUUAAACUGCAAAAAAUAUGUUGAACUCUUAAAUUGAUAUAAAGCAAUCUGCAGUCACGUAUUCUUGCCA